AUGCGUGAAAUAGUUCAUAUUCAAGCUGGUCAAUGUGGUAAUCAAAUUGGUGCUAAAUUUUGGGAAGUUAUUUCUGAUGAACAUGGUAUCGAUCCAACAGGUACAUAUCAUGGUGAUUCUGAUCUUCAACUUGAACGUAUAAAUGUUUAUUAUAAUGAAGCAGCUGGAGGCAAAUAUGUUCCACGUGCUGUACUUGUUGAUCUUGAACCAGGAACUAUGGAUUCAGUUCGUAGUGGUCCAUUUGGUCAACUUUUUCGACCAGAUAACUUUGUUUUUGGUCAAUCAGGUGCUGGUAAUAAUUGGGCCAAAGGUCAUUAUACUGAAGGUGCUGAAUUGGUUGAUUCAGUUUUGGAUGUUGUACGCAAAGAAGCAGAAUCAUGCGACUGUCUUCAAGGCUUUCAAUUAACUCAUUCACUUGGUGGUGGUACUGGAUCUGGUAUGGGUACAUUACUUAUUUCAAAAAUUCGUGAAGAGUAUCCUGAUCGUAUUAUGAUGACCUUUAGUGUUGUUCCAUCACCAAAAGUUUCUGAUACUGUUGUUGAACCAUAUAAUGCAACACUUUCAGUUCAUCAACUUGUUGAAAAUACUGAUGAAACAUAUUGUAUUGAUAAUGAAGCUUUAUAUGAUAUAUGCUUUCGUACAUUAAAAUUAACAACACCAACAUAUGGUGAUCUUAAUCAUUUAGUAUCAGCUACAAUGUCUGGUGUAACAACAUGUCUUCGAUUUCCAGGUCAAUUGAAUGCUGAUUUACGUAAAUUAGCUGUAAAUAUGGUUCCAUUUCCACGUUUACAUUUUUUUAUGCCUGGUUUUGCACCAUUAACAUCACGAGGAUCACAACAAUAUCGUGCAUUAACUGUUCCUGAACUUACUCAACAAAUGUUUGAUGCUAAAAAUAUGAUGGCUGCAUGUGAUCCAAGACAUGGUCGAUAUUUAACUGUUGCUGCUAUAUUCCGUGGUCGAAUGUCAAUGAAAGAAGUUGAUGAACAAAUGUUAAAUGUUCAAAAUAAGAAUUCAUCCUAUUUUGUUGAAUGGAUUCCAAAUAAUGUUAAAACAGCUGUUUGUGAUAUUCCACCUCGUGGACUUAAAAUGGCUGCAACAUUUAUUGGUAAUAGUACCGCAAUUCAAGAAUUAUUCAAACGUAUUUCAGAACAAUUUACAGCUAUGUUUCGUCGAAAGGCUUUCUUACAUUGGUAUACAGGUGAAGGCAUGGAUGAAAUGGAAUUUACUGAAGCUGAAUCAAAUAUGAAUGAUUUAGUGAGUGAAUAUCAACAAUAUCAAGAUGCAACAGCUGAAGAGGAAGGUGAAGGUGUCGAAGGCGAAGAAGAAGAACAACAUGCUUAA